UGUCUUUGAUAAAAUUAAAAAAAAAAGAUUUGUUUCUUUUCCUUGCAUAAAAAUUCAUAACCUUAGUAAAUAAAUGUUUAUGUUUUUGAAAAUGGGGCAACAAAAUAAUAUUAAUUAAACAACAUAAUACUAAAUUGAGUAUAAUACCAUUAACAAAAUAAUGUUUUUUCAUUGUGUAAUUUUUUUUAACCACAUUAUAUAUUUUAAAUAAUAAUCAUUUGUUAUCUGAAAUCCGGGAUAGUGGUUACCGGGUAUAGGAACCGAACCGUAGCCAUUUAUCUGAAACCCGGUUCAGUGCUGACCCAGGUUUUGGGUGUGACAGUACCUGCGUAACCACCUCUUCGGUUACUGGUGAGAGAGAGAGAGAGAGAGAGAGAGAGAGAGAGAGUAGUAAAGCAUGAAUGGAGGGAUAGGUUUGGAAGAAGAGAAAGAAGCAGAGUACUACAGCAAAGACUUCGAGUGGGAGGAGCUCAGAUCCCACGUUGAAAACGACCCGUCGUUUUCCCAUCACUUACUCCCCUUUCAACCCCAACCCCAACCCCAACUGCUCCAAUCCGAUUCACACGCCUGGAAACGCUUUCACAUCCGUCAUUCCUCCGGCAAGUUCUUCAAGAUGAUCUCUUGGGCAUUGGUCAAAACUUCAUAUACGCAUCGUUAUAGACGUGGCCUUCGUCUACUGAGUUCAAUUUCUUCAAGCAGCGCUAAUACCAUCUGGGAUCCAGCUGUGGCACUUCAAUUCAGUCACCCAACUCUUAUUUUGCUCGAGAAAUGUAGUUCAAGCAAUCAAUUCAAGCAGAUUCUAGCUCAAAUAAUGAGGAUUGGGCUUAUUGGGCAAACCUUUCCCAUGAGUAGACUCCUCUUAUUCUCAGCCAUUUCACACCCAAAGAAUUUGGACAUGGCAAUCUUUCUUUUCAAUCACUAUACUCCUUAUCCCAACCUCUACAUUUACAAUACCAUGAUUUCGGCUUUAUCUUUCUCCAAAGUUCAAUCUUUUUCUUUGUAUAGCUCCAUGCUCCAUUCGGGUAUUUACCCAGAUAAAAACACCUUCCUUUAUUUACUUAAAGCUUCUCCUUGUGUAUCAGAAGUGAAGCAGGUACAUUGUCAUGCCAUUGUAACAGGCUUUGGCUCGUAUGGGUACUUGAAAAACUCCCUUAUGAAGGUUUAUUUGGAGAAAGGAUCAAAAGGGCUUGCGUACAAGGUGUUCUAUGAGAUGUCGACCCCAGAUAUUGUGUCGUUUAAUAUCAUGAUUGUUGGUAAUGCCAAGGAUGGAUUCUUCUUAGAAGCUAUCAAACUGUUUCACGAAAUGGUGUCUUUGGGUCUUAAACCAGAUGAGUUUACCAUGCUAGGACUUAUCCUAUCCUGUGGACUAUUAAGAGAUACAAAGCUUGGUAAGUCUGUUCAUGGAUGGAUAGAGAGGAGGAAGGCUAGUAGUAGUUUAAACUUGAUAUUGGGCAAUGCUGUUCUAGACAUGUAUGCUAAGUGUAAUGAAUUCGAGCUUGCCUCAAAGAUUUUUAAUGCAAUGGAGAAGAAGGAUUUUGUUUCAUGGAACACAAUGAUUUCAGGACAUGUCAAGGCAGGGGAAUUGGAACUUGCUCUAUACUUGUUCAAUAAAAUGCCUAGGAAAGAUCUUGUUUCAUGGAAUUCAUUGAUAGCUGGCUUUGCUCAUAACGGUCAUUACAAGAUGGUAAUGUAUCUAUUUAGAAGCAUGGCUGCUGAGAAUGUUAGGCCCGAUAACAUCACGAUGGUUUGUUUGGUUGCUGUUGCAACACAAACUGGAGCAUUGGACCAAGGAAAGUGGAUACACGGCAUGGUUGUUAGAAAUCAGAUGCAAAUAGAUGUCUUUUUAGGUUCAGCGCUAAUAGACAUGUACUGCAAGUGUGGCAGUAUUAAAAGAGCUUUCUUGGUUUUCCAGGGAGUUACGAAGAAGGAUGUUACUAUAUGGACAACAAUGAUCACUGGACUUGCUUUUCAUGGUUAUGGAAACAAAGCUUUGGAUCUGUUUUCCGAGAUGCAGCAAGACAUAACACCAAAUGAAGUUACUUUUGUUGCUGUUCUUACAGCUUGCACUCACAGUGGACUUGUGAAUGAAGGGCUUUAUACGUUUUAUAGUAUGAAGAGAAAAUUUGGCAUUGAACCAGGAGUUGAGCACUACGGAUGCUUGGUGGAUCUCUUAGGUCGUUCAGGGAAGUUGGUUGAGGCAUAUAAUUUGAUCGAGAAGAUGCCAAUGAAACCAAGUCGUUCUAUUUGGGGAGCAAUGCUUAGUGCUUGUAGAGCUCAUGGAAACAUGGAACUAGCAGAGAUCGCUUCAAGAGAGCUGCUCAAGUUGGAACCCGAGAAAGAAGGUGGAUAUGUAUUGUUGUCUAAUAUAUACGCUGCUUGUGAGAAGUGGAACCACUCAGAUAUGGUUAGGGAAGUCAUGGAAAGCAAGGGAGUGAAGAAGAUUGCAGGUUGUAGUAGUUUAGUUAUCGAUGGACUAGUUCAUAAUUUUAUAGCAACCGAUUUGCGCAAUCCAAGAUGGUCGGAUAUCUUCUCUAUUCUGCAGUGUCUAAAUAAUGAAAUGAAGAUGGAUGAUGAUUUCCCCUUAGACAUGCAAAUGUUGAUGGAACCAUGUUAAAUUUUGGUCCAAUUGUUUUGAUCUCCUUGUGGGUAUUUUUUACUAUGAAGUUGACAACAAGCUUAAUGAGGUCAUGAUAUAUGCCUCUUGAGAGUAAAAAAAGUACCACACAACAGUGAGAUGAAGCAAAUGAAUGAUAUUGGCUUCAACAAUAUGAGUAUUCACUGUGCCAGUGUCUAUCUAUGCUAGAAAACAUUAAGUUGCUCAUGUUUGCAAGAAUCUUUACACUUUAAUUAAAGCAUACAAACUGCUAUUCAACAUUUUCUAUCUCAGCAAACUUAGUUUUUCAUUAGCUUUCUUUCAAACUACAAAACUGACAAUCAGAAAAAAGAAUCAAAAUUAUCAGUAGAAGGACCUUAAGAAAAAUGUUGAAAGCAUUCUGCAAAGUCUCUAUUGGGUAUUGAACUUGUUCAGCAGAAUAUUUUUUUUACAGAGCUGUGUACGACAAGAGCCAUUUAUACAAGCAGCUUAAUAUUUUUUCUGAAAUUGGGGCCCCCUUUUUACCUUCAAAACAUUGUACAACUACUUAUUAGACCAUCUAUGUUCAAAACAUUUUACACUACGCAUUAGAAGAUCUAAGUCAGCUAAAAAGAAUGAAAAACGUUAAAAAUGGUUUUGGCUAUCCGGUUUAUUGAAAUAAUGUUGUAAGUCAUCAGCUAGAGAGUAGUAACACUUGGACCUUUUUGUUUUGCUCUGUGUUAUUGUUAAAAUUUUAUUGCUUUAUCUGGUUCCUGUCUUU